GAACUUCUGACCACCUGAACACCAAUACAAAACCUCCUCCCACAUACACGCACACUUGGAUAUUGUGUCCCUCUGUCACACACACACAACAAGAGUCCAGGACGCUGUAAACAAGGAGACACAGAGGCAGCACGCGCCUGGAUCACAUGCAGACAAUCAGCACCCGGCUGCCUUUGCUUAGGUAGUGGUAGUGAGGCGGUGGCCACUCUGACCAGCAAACACACUACACGCUGUAAACAUGGAGCCCCUGGAGGAAUACCACUCUCCGUUUGACUUUGAACAAGGAGUCAAUGCCAGCUACCUCUACCUCUCCCCGGCAUACAACGACACACCGCCCAGCUCACCAGCUGUCAAAACCAGAGGUUCCCAGCAGCUUCCGGACUCAGUCCCAGAGGUGGGAGAAGAUGCAGUAACGUCUGUUGCUCCCUCUCCCCCUCCCCCCGCCAUGACAGAAGAGGAGAGACAGGAGCUACAAGAGGAGUUGGUCAAGGUGGAGGAUGAGAUCCUGACUCUGUCUCAGGUGCUGGCAGCCAAGGAGAAGCAGUUGGCAGACAUCAAGAGGAAGCUGGGCAUCACACCUCUCAAUGAGCUGAAACAGAACAUCACCAAAACCUGGCAGGAUGUCACCACCUCCAACGCCUAUAGGAGGACAUCUGAAACACUGUCUCAGGCGAGUUUGAAGGCCUCGGCAGCCUUCUCUAAUGUGGGCUCAGUCAUCACCCGGAAGUUCGAGGAUGUCAGGAACGCGCCAACUUUCAAGUCAUUUGAGGAGAAAGUGGAGACUUUUAAGACCAAGAUGAGUCCCUCAGCGUCCACCAGUAACCAGGACAGCGGCAGCUCCACCACCGAGUCUUUGCUCAGUCCGCCUGAAGCCUCGCACCCAGGAGACGCCAAUGAACUGAGACCUGCCUGACCACUCCUGACCUCUCCACCCGCCCCUCCUCACUUGACCCUCCAACCCCCGGACCAUCAGUACUCGCCCCCUAAACUCUUGUGUGCCAGUCUCCCUUUAUUGGAAACAAGUGACUUACCACAGCCAUCCUUGUGAUCUAAUUGUCUGGUCUUUUUUGUCUGACACGUGCGUUCACUUGUUAACUGGUGUGGAAACUGAAAGCAUGGGAUGGGUGCAGGCAUGUGGUCUUGUGUCAGUAGUGUAUAUUUGAGUGUUUACCGGCUCGCUGUGGGAGAAAUCCUCCCUGCUGUUUGACUUUCCUUUUCCUCCUGCACUCCUUAUUUAUCCGCCUUUGUCUAACCAGCAAAGCUCAGAUGCCAAACAUGCUCAUAGUUUACUUUUGCUUUAUCAAAUUAACAGUGUCAUAUUUUGUUUGUUUGAGUGUAGAAAAUUGCACAAAUAUAUAGAGAUUACGAACUUAAUCAGAGAAGGAUUUAUACUUAGAAACUUACAUAAUAAUAAUAAUAAUAAUAAUAAUAAUAAUAUUAUAAGCACUUGUUUUUUCUGCCUCCAUUUUGGGGCCAUGCUUGGUUUACAGUGGGUUGCCAUUUUCGGGCCAAUCUAAUUUCCGUUUUCUUCCUUAUUAAUUUUAGGACACCACACAAUCGUAAAGUAGUCUAACACUGUUCAGAAUAUGAAUGUAUGCCUUUUUGUGUCACAUAGGUACGACACUCUGUGUACUUUAACCCACAGUGCUGAGUGGCUGAUAGUGUGUGUCACAACCGCAGCCACCGGCUCCAUCGCUGGUAUUUCAAAAACACAUUUCAGAAUAAAAACCAUCCUUUUUUCCAUUGUUAACAGUCUGUCAGAAAAUGAUCUUCACGCUUGGAUGGUUACAGGAAAACAGCCAAGAUCAGCAGAACAGAGGCAGAGCAAACACACACAGCCAAGCUUUAGCCAUGACCUGAGGUGAGAGUGAAAUAAAUGUGUCUCUUCCAGAGCCAGAGUCAAUAUUUAAACACUUGUCCAUUGUUUCUGUGUGGGAGGUAACACCUAGCCUCCCCCCUUUCUGUGAUACAGAUAAAACUAAGGCAAGAGGCUCCACUGGGUGUUAUUUUGUACACUGAUACAGGAUGAUUGUGCAAAAGAGAAGGCUUAGUAAUUUACCUUUAAUGUACGAGUUUGAAAUCUCGCGAGAGGACAACAGUGGAAAUGUUAGAGUUGGAGAGAGGAGUGGCGGGAAGAGUUUGUUGUGUCGGAGUACAGGAAGUGUAGCUUCGUGUCAUCUAAAAGAUUUUCAGUGUCAUUGCUCAAUAUUUAACUGAUACCUACAACAUGAAAAAGCUGGGAAAAUACUAAAACAAUAGCAAAGAGGCCAGAUCAAACAAAAGGCAGCGAAAACUGUUUUAUUUCUCUGUAAGGAUCCAUAAUGUCAUCUGACACCUAGAAUACCAAUCUGAGCCUGUCAGUGGCAAAAACAAGCACUUUUAGUGGACGCACAUUGAGGGAGCGCUGCAGGGAGUAGGAAUUGAGGAAUGAGUCCUAAAACCAGGAAAUGAGUUAGCAUUUUCUCCCAGUUCCCUUCUCUCAAAGUCGUUGAAGUCAUGCAACUGCAGUGUAGUUUGUUAUAGCCUAACGUUAGCUUAUUACCUAACGGUCAGUUUGUAGGUCGACCACUUUACUCCAGACUGAAAUAUCUGAAAGGGUAUUUUUCAACCUGGACCCUAUUCUCCUGUGUUUUAAGGGAGACAACAGUAUUUGAAAUUGGUCCAUUAUAAAGUGAGAGGGCUGCAGCCACGAAACGAGCUGCUGUGUGACCACUCGAUGCAAAAGCACAACCUCAAUGUAUGUCCACUAAAAGUGCUUGAUGUUGCCACUGACAGGGUCAGAUUGAUAUUAUAAGUGUCUGAUAACAUUAUGGAAAAGACCCUUCAGAAAAAUAAAACAUCUCGCUGAAGGACUUCUGAAAUCUUGCGAGAUUUGACUUGGCAAAGAAAGACAACAGUGGAAACGGUGAGAGUUGGAGAGAGGAGUGCAAGGAAGAGUUUGUUGUGUUGGAGUACAGUAAGCAUAGCUCAGUGUUAUCAAAAGGAUAUCAAAUGUCAUGGCUGAAUAUUAAGCUUGUUGCUACAAUUUGGUCAGUGAGAUUUCAGAGCAAGCAUUUUUAGUUGAUGUGUAAUAAUGGUGCACUGUUACCAUGAAUGGUAACAUCAAAGCCCUCUCACUCAAUCCUGGACCAAUUGUUGUCUCACUUGGACACAUAAACCAAGCUGAAGGAGUUUCUCUUCGACGCUAUUGCAUAGAUUGUCAUAAAAUUUGGCACAAACAUUUGUGUCCCCCUCAGGAUGAAUUGAAAUAAUUUCAUGGACACCCUAACUUUUCAUUCUCGCACCAUCAUCAGGGAUAAGUUUUUCUAAUUGUCUGUUUUAUGACUAAAUACUAAAGCUGAGAACAUUUGUGUUUUGUGCUAAUUAGCAAAUGUUAGCAUAUUAAACACUGAAGUGAGAUGGUGAAUAUGGUAAACAUUUUACCUGCUUACCAUCAGUAUAUUAGUAUUCUCAUUGUAAGGCAGGUUUCAGGCUGAUUUGCCAACAAACUCAGAGCACCAUUCUACUAAAGCAGCAUGGCUGUAGAAGGUCUUGUUACUCCAGAUCUCUAGGAAAUGGCACAAAAUGAUCAAAAGCUGCUUCUUUUAGUAGAGUCUGGGAAAACUGCAAGAUUAUGUGCAGUAUCUCCUGGAAAUGUUAAAUGUAUGAAAAGGGUAAAAUCAGCAUUAUAUCUUCAAGAACAGAACCAUUUUCUUGAGUUUUGUAGAAAGUAUUAAACUACUAGAGGGCUCCUUUCACCAUAGUGGUCUGAUAUACACAGGGCCACUUGACUAUAAUUUGAAGGGCAAGCAGAGCCAAUCUGAACACUGCUGAGGUUUCCUCUGGUACACACAUGAACGACACAAGGAUCUAACACAAAUUUCACACACCCCUUCACACAACACUUGUGCUGUGUUUGGGCACGACCAGCCUGGUACAAGUCUUCCCCUGCUGGUGGACGUGUGGCUAAACACGAAUGUGAAUCAUCUUCCCACUUAAUCAUUAGUGAUGCAAUUUGCCACACAAGCUGUGGAUCAGCGUCCCGGGAGAACAGCACAUACAGGCUGAGGGGGCUUUCUGCUGUUAAGAUCUUGUUUUCACCAACCAUGACACAACUGUGGUCGCUGCUCUGAGCUGACAGAAAUGGAUUUUAAACAGUACAGUUUCUCAUGUCCUCGUGUAACAUCACUUUUCCUGAAGUGACCUGGUUGACUGAGAGCAUUUAUCACAGACAUGAGGAUUUUAUUUGUGUUUAGUCAUACAACACACACACACACACACACACACACACACACACACACACACACACACACACACAGGAUGUGUUUGUUCUUUAAUUGGAACCAUGGAGUGAAGACAUGAUCUAAUUAAAAAAAUACCUCUGAA